AUGAACGGCACACAGGCAUCCAUCAAGCAGAUCAUUGAGUCCCUCAACGCAGCCACCAUCAGCAAGGACACAGAAGUCGUGGUGGCCCCCCCUGCCCUCUACCUCUUGAACGCUCGCCAGACACUCCGCAAGGACAUCGGCGUCUCUGCCCAGAAUGUCUUUGACAAGCCACAGGGCGCCUUCACUGGCGAAAUUGCCGUUGAGCAGCUGCGUGAUGCAGGUGCAGACUGGGUCAUCCUCGGACACUCUGAGCGUCGUACGCUCUUGUCUGAAGACGACAAGUUCGUCAGCAGCAAGGCAGCCACAGCACUCAAGGGCGGCCUCAAGGUCAUCUACUGCUGCGGUGAGAACCUCGACCAGUACGAGGCAGGCAAGACAGACAGCAUCGUCACUGCUCAGAUUGGCGCCCUCUGCGACCAAGUCCAGGACUUUGCCGACAUCGUGAUUGCCUACGAACCAAUCUGGGCCAUUGGUACAGGCAAAGCAGCCACCCCAGAGACGGCGCAGAAGACGCACAAGGCCCUGCGUGACUUCCUCAGGUCUCGCAUCGGCGAGAAGGCAGACGAGGUCCGCAUCAUCUACGGCGGCAGUGUCAAUGCAAAGAAUUGCUCGACCUAUGCCUCGUGCCCGGAUGUCGACGGCUUCCUCGUGGGCGGUGCUUCUCUCAAGCCGGAGUUCCAGCAGAUUUCUCGUAGAUUGGUUCAUGGACUAUAUCCUACGCUUGUCCCCAACGACACCCAUCCAUAUAUAAACUGGAUGAAUCAUGGCGCCCUCUGUGCAGCAUGCAGAGCAGCAGCAAGACCUACAGCGAGACUCACAAGGCGACUAGCAACAUUGACGAGCCAGCCCUCGCAAAGCGACCUCAAGGCGCAAGCAGAAGCGGCGCUCGCCAAGUUUGAUGAGCCACGACGUCAGGGUAAGCGCUUCAAUAGCGUCGGUAUCCAGCAGAUCAGUAGUCAGCUCCAUGCGCAACUCUUCAAGCAACCGAAACAACCCGCGCAAGCACUUGUAGACUUGUCGCGGCAACACCUGCUACAGCAUGACUUGCUCGGGAAGAAUAGCAAUGUCGCUGAGGAUAUCGCCUUUGAUUUACCGCCGCUACAAGGUGCUUCGCUUGAUGAACACUUUCAUAAGCUUGGCUUGGAAGCGUCUGAUCCAUACCGCGACAUGGCAAAGAUAUUUGCAACACUAGAGCUACCAAGCAAGCCAGAAAAGUGGAUCAAGCAGGCUGGAUGGACACGGUAUGCAAGAGAAGGUGUAACGCAAGUGGAGCAUCCGCUAGAGGACACUUUUUGCUUUGACGUGGAAGUCAUGUACAACGUAUCGCAUUUUGCAGUCAUGGCCUGCGUGGCUAGCAAAGACGCCUGGUAUGCGUGGCUCUCACCCUGGAUCCUUGGCGAAUCAGACAGUCCACGGCAUCUUGUACCACUAGGAAAAGAGCAGAGAAAGCUUGUUGUUGGCCACAAUGUAGGCUACGACAGGUCUAAAGUGCUGGAAGAGUACAGCCUCAAGCGUUCACCCUUGGCCUUCAUCGACACCAUGUCCCUACAUGUCGCCGUCAAUGGUAUGUGCUCUCGUCAAAGGCCAACAUGGAUGAAGCACAAGAAGAAGGAAAAAGAGCGUGAAAAGCUUCUCCUCCAAGCACAAGAAUCUGACUUGGGUGCUUUGCUUGAAGACCUUGGGCAAGAAGAGCAUCAAGACUUGUGGAUCACACGCAGCUCCACCAAUAGCCUACAUGAAGUGGCUCAAUUCCACUGCGACAUCAAACCGGACAAAUCGAAGCGUGCCUUUUUCGACAGCACAGACAAGCAAGUGAUUUUGGACGACUUGCACGACCUGCUGGACUAUUGCGCGCUCGACGUGGAAAUCACACAUCAAGUCUACAGAAAAGUUUUACCGACAUAUCUCGAAAUUGCGCCCCAUCCAGUCAGUUUCAGUGGCUUGCUACAUAUGAACUCUAUGGUUCUUCCAGUCAAUCGCAAUUGGCCAAAGUACAUUGAGAGUGCGGAAAAGUGCUACCAAGAUCUGUCAGAAGCAGUCAAGAAACGCUUGCUGUCUAUGGCAGAGGGCACCCUCGCACUCAAGGAUCAACCAGAUAAGUAUGAGGAGGAUCCCUGGCUUCGGCAGCUCGACUGGACAGCGAAACCCUUGCGUGUUGUCAAGAACAAAAAGACAGGUGAAGAGCGUGUUGCAAAGAAUCAAAAGAUGCCGGGAAUGCCUCAAUGGUAUCGUGAUCUCUUUCCCAAAAACGACGGGAUCAUCAAUCUCACUGUCCGCACGCGCGUAGCACCCAUCUUGCUACGCAUGAACUGGGAAGGCCACCCACUCGUCUGGUCAGACAAGUACGGCUGGGUGAUUCGCGUUGAAGACGAAGAAUCAGCGGCUGUCUUUAUCGAAAAGCGUUUCCUCAAGUGCGAUAUGAUUAAUGAAAGCAUUGAGAGGGUUCGAUUCGAUGAUGCUACGUACUUCAAAGUGCCACACAAAGAUGGGCCGCUCGCUCGCGUUGCCAGUCCCCUCGCAAAAUCAUUCGUCAAGUUCUUUGAGGAAGGCAUGCUCAACAGUGAGUUCUCCGUCGCCAAGGAAGCGCUCGAGAUGAAUGCAGCCUGUUCCUACUGGAUCAGUGCGAGAGAUCGCAUCACAUCACAAAUGGUCGUCUGGCAAAAUGAAGUCGAUCCAGAGGGUGACCCAGAUAUUGGCCUCAUCCUUCCACAAACAGCUCCGAUGGGUACCGUCACCAGGCGUGCAACGGAAGCAACGUGGAUGACGGCGAGUAACGCCAAGAAGAACCGUGUUGGAUCCGAACUCAAAUCCAUGGUGCAAGCACCCAAAGACUACUGCUUUGUUGGAGCGGAUGUCGACUCUGAAGAGCUCUGGAUCGCUAGUCUUAUGGGUGACGCACAGUUUCAAACCCACGGAUCAACAGCACUCGGAUGGAUGACACUCGAAGGCACAAAGUCAGCCGGCACAGACUUGCAUUCAAAGACGGCCGAGAUUCUCGGCAUCUCCCGAGGCAAUGCCAAGAUCUUCAACUAUGGUCGCAUCUACGGCGCCGGACUUAAGUUUGCCAUUCAACUUCUCCAGCAAUUCAAUCCAUCGCUUUCUGAGCAAGAGGCAAAGAAGACGGCUGAAGCCUUGUAUGCUGCAACAAAGGGCGUCAAGGGUAAGAUUGCAAAGCUGCAACGCAAAGCCUUUUGGCGUGGCGGCACAGAAUCCUAUGUCUUCAAUCGUCUCGAGGCAAUGGCAGAGUUGGAGGUGCCGAAAACACCUGUGCUUGGGUGCGGCAUCACUGAAGCGCUUCUCGCGCGAUAUCUGUCUCCUGGAGGGUUCUUGACUAGCAGAGUCAAUUGGGCCAUUCAAUCAAGUGGCGUGGACUAUCUGCAUCUCCUCAUCACCUCAAUGGAGUACCUCAUUCGUUUGUACGGUAUUGAUGCUCGAAUGUCAAUCACCGUGCACGACGAAAUUCGCUACCUUGUUGCAAAACAAGAUGCAAAUACUGCCGCAUUCUUGCUGCAAAUCAGCAAUCUGUGGACUCGCGCCAUGUUCUCACAGCAACUUGGCAUUGAUGAUUUGCCACAGUCUUGUGCCUUCUUCUCCGAGGUUGAUGUGGAUCAUGUUCUCAGGAAGGAAACAUCCAUGGAUUGCAUUACGCCUAGCAAUCCUACUGCGAUUCCGCCAGGCAAAUCUCUGAGCAUUGACGACACACUCAAUUUUAUCGCAGAACGCAAAGACUCACUUCGACCAAGCAAUCCUGUGGACUUGAGUCGAUGGACUUAUCAGUCGAGAGAACCCGUCAUGAAUAGUAUGGAGCAGAAUGCGCUCUGGUUUCUGCAAGCUCAAACUUUCAAGGAAACAGGCGCCGUCAUCAAGGCUUACGAUGCUGCCCAUGCCGACUAA